AUGAACAAUUUACCAGAUCAAAUUGUGCUUUUCGGUGACUCGCUUACUCAGCGCAGCUUCGAUGCAAAUAAUAAUGGAUGGGGUGCAUUAUUACUCAAUGCGUAUGUGCGUAAACUAGAUGUCUUCAAUCGGGGAUAUUCUGGAUACAAUACCAAGUGUGCAAAAUACAUUCUCCCACAACUCCUUCCCACUUCAUCGUCUUUGUCACCAAAAAUCCGACUACUAAUAAUAUUCCUUGGCGCAAACGAUUGUGCAAUUCCACCAUCAUUUCAGCACGUGCCUCUCCAAGAAUACAAACAAAAUUUGGAAUGGUUAGUAGACCUAGUCAAAAAUCCCGAAUCAAAAUAUUAUUCGCCAGAGACACGUGUUUUAUUGGUCACGCCUCCCCCAUUGGACAAUGAUGCUUGGGAGAAAUUUUGUCGUGAGCAAGAAAGAACAAGAUUUCCGCGUGAUGUUACGUUCACGAAAUCUUAUGUGGAUGCUUGUAAGGAGGUUGCGUUGCGAAUUGGUGUUCCGUGCGCGGAUGUUUGGUCUGGUAUUAUGAAUAGGUUAGGGGAAAGGAAAAUUGAUGAAAAUGGGAACAUGAAGGAGCUAAAAUUGACCGAUUUUUUGUGUGAUGGGCUGCAUUUGGGUGGACUUGGAAAUGAGACCAUAUUCAAUGUAGUUUUGGAUUCCAUUCGAAAGAAUUGGCCAGAACUUGAUCCUGAGAAAUUACCAUUAAUUCUUCCUGAUUUCUUGUCUCUAGAUAUGGAAAAUCUUGAAGAGUGUUUGAAAUUUCCAUUCAAUGAAAUUUCAAAAUCUUAA